UUGUGCAUUGAACCCAAACCGAGGGGAAAAGAGACAAAAAGAUGGAAGUAUUUCAAGCAUUCCACAUGAAAGGAGGAGUAGGGGAAACCAGUUAUGCAAAAAACUCAUUUGUUCAGCUGAACCUAAUCCGCAUGACAAAACCAAUCUGGGUGCAAGCCAUAACCAAACUGAUCAACUACUACAGCACAUUCCCGACAACCUUGGCAAUGGCAGACUUAGGUUGCUCUUCAGGACCUAAUACUUUAUAUGUUGUCUCUGAACUCAUAAAACUGGUGGACAAGAUGCGCCAAGAGCUGGGCUGUCAAUCGCCGGAAUAUCAAGUCCUCUUGAGUGACCUUCCAGGGAAUGACUUCAAUUCAGUUUUUAGUUCCCUUGCUGGUUUCCAGGAGAAACUCAAGAAAGAGAUAGGGAGCGGUAGUGGACCAUGCUUUUUUUCAGGGGUCCCUGGUUCUUUCUAUGACAGGCUUUUCCCCAGCAAGAGCCUCCAUUUUGUGCACUCUUCCUAUAGCCUCCAUUGGCUAUCUCAGGUUCCAAAAGGGCUGGAAACCAACAAAGGGAGCAUUUCCGUUUCCAGCAGCAGUCCUCCAGCUCCUUUCAAUAACCGCGUAGCAUUAAACAAGUUGAAGUAUAUUGAUUCACCCCUCGUCAAAGGAACCCAUCACAAUUAUUAUCCAAGUAGAUUGCUUUGCUUCUCGUUAAUAGCUUACAUGUAGCUUUCUCAAAGUCCGCAUUUUGCAUCUUGGUGAGAGUCCUCCUUCCACUCUCUGUUCUUUUUCUUUUUUCUGGCCAUCUUUUCAUAAAGAGGGGUUUAAAACUUUGAUGGUAUCAUCUCUGUAAAUAUGCUCUGUCAGCAGAUAAAUGUAAAAGAAACAAAAGCAAGAAACCAGCAGAGUCUUUGUUUUUACUUCAGAAACUUACUCUUCAUGCAAAAAUUGUAACAUCAAAGUGUUAUUAACAAAUACAUCAUGAUACCGUUU